UCAUAUACAGUCUAUACAGUCUAUACAGUCUAUACAGUCUAUACAGUUACUCAGGCUACUGUACACACUAUACAGUUUACACUAUACAGUCACAUUGUUGAACUUCUUUCCAUACAUUCCAUCGGUGUGGCUCACCCCACAAAUCCAUUUGUAAGCUCUGGUUUAAGUUUCUCUCAGUAAUAUACUUUUAACUUUUAUCUUCUCCUUCUCCUUCUUCUGCUUCUUCUAUUUCUCCUCCUACUUAUUUAAGUUUGUCUCCGCAAUGUCUAAAAACAUUAUCGUCUUUGGAGCACACGGUAAGAUCGGUCAAUUGUUUGUUACUUUGGCUUCCAACCAACAUAAAGUAUCAGCAGUUGUUCGUAAUCAUGAACAAGCAUCACAAAUUAAUCUGAUCGCAUCAGUAGCUCACAAUGUUAAAUCUCAUCAAUUAACUAUUGAUGAAGCAUCAGUUGAAGAAAUUUCUCACCUUAUUAAAGGUCAUGAUGUUGUAGUAUUUACAGCUGGAAGUGCCGGAAAGAAUUUAUUACAAGUUGAUUUAGAUGGAGCCGUUAAAACUUUUGAAGCUAGUGUAUUAGCAAAUGUUCGUAGAUAUAUAUUAAUUAGUGCAAUUCAUGCUGAAAGUCGUCAAUUUAUUGCAAAAUCUCCCAUUAAAAAUUAUUAUAUAGCUAAACAUUAUGCUGAUAGAAUUCUUAUUAAUGAAUUUAAUAAUAGUUUAGAUUUUACAAUUUUAAAACCAACUCAAUUAGUUGAUAAUAAGCCUACUGGUAAAAUUCAAUUAUUUACUAAUGAUAAUGAACCAAUUGGUACAGUAACAAGAGCUGAUGUGGCUCUGGUAAUUUUAAAAGUUAUUGGCUUAUCAAAUACUUUUGGUAAGAGUUAUAAUUUUGCUAAUGGAACUUUAUCUAUUGAUAAUGAAAGUACUUACAAUUAGUUGUCUACUUAUUUGG